AUGGCCGAUCUCGACGAUGCAUUCCUCGAGCUCGUUGGAGGCGACGAGUCCGAAGAUGAGGCCUCGGAGCAGGAGAUGAACAUCAGCCAGUCGGGCUCCGACUCCGAAUCGCAAUCACGGAAAAAGACAAAGAAAUCUGCACCAGCAAAAAAGACCACGGCCCGGAAGCAAGAUGACUCGGAUGAGGAGGAAGGUGAAGCCUCUGAUGCUGAGUCGCAAGCAUCACAAGACUCUGCCCCGAUGGACGAGAGCGACUCCGAGGCCGGCUCCCCCGCUGCCAACAACGCCAACGGUGCUGUCUUCGAUGACGAGGACAAAUACCCUUACGAGGGCAUGUUUGAGAGCGCUCGGGAGAAGGCGGAUAUCAUGAGCAUGCGUGAGGUUGAGCGUGAAUCGAUCUUGGCCGAGCGCGCACAAGAAAUUGAGCGACAGCGGCAAAACCGCCUUCUUCGCCAGCUAGUCAGCGCUGGUGACAACAAGAAGCGCAAGGCCAACGACGCAGACCUCGAGGAGACGCAGCGCAAGACCUCCCGACAACGAACAAAGAUUGGCGGCUCCAAGGUGGGCGAGACCAGUUCUGGUAUCGAGUCGCUGAAGCGCGCUCGUGCUGAGAAGUCCGAUCGCGCACGCCGUCGCGCCGAGGACAGCGAGCGCAAUAAGAAAUCGACCGCCCUCUCUCACGACAGCCCAGACCGUGAUCUCGACGCAGACAGCGAUGUUGAGUGGGGUGAGUCACGAAAGCGUGCGUCCAAGUCACGUACCCCCGAGGUCAAGGAAAUUCCUCUUGCGGAACUCCGGGAUAUCGAACGUGUGCGACUUGGCCGAAGUCGCUUUGCUCAGAUAUGUUUCUUCCCGGGCUUUGAGCAAGCCAUCACAGGCUGUUAUACCCGCAUAUCUAUUGGUCCCGAUCCGAGGGCUGGAGACGGUAUGAACCAAUACCGGAUGGCAGUUAUCAAGCGCUUCUCGACUGGUAAACCAUACGCUAUGGAGAAGGCAAACGGCCAGACCUUUGUCACAGACCAGUACCUGGUUGCUGCACACGGCAAGGCUGAACGAGAAUGGCCUUUCGUGGCUUGUUCUGAUGGAGCUUUCACUGAGUCCGAAUUCAACCGCUACAAAGCAACACUGCAGCACGAGGGACUGAUUUUUCCCAAAAGACCGAAUCUAGUCGCAAAGAUCGAUGAUAUCAACACUCUACGCAAUCGUUCCUGGACUGACCAGGAACUGGACGAGAAGCUAAAGCGAGAACGAGGCCUACGUCAAAAGUAUGCGCCUUCGGAGCGCAACCGUUUGAUGCAGGCACUUGAGGAAGCGAAGGCGCGUGGCGACGAUGCCAAGGCUUCGGAAGUGCAAGACCAGCUGGAUACUAUGGAGACACCGCGUCUUGCCUGGAAGACCAGCUUAUCACCAGCCAAGAAGGCCGCCGCGCCGAGUGCACAGCAGGACCGUCUUGCGCAGCUCAACAUCGAGAACCGACGUCGCAACGCCGAGGCUGUGCGCAAAGCACAACUCAAGGAAAAGGCCAAGGCGCGAGAGAUCGAAGCCCGUGUCGCACGAGGCGAGGAGGUUUCUGAGGAUACGUCCCGCAGGCUACGAACGCAACCCAAGUUCAUGCUUGAUGUCAAUGCGCCGCCAACCAUUGACCGCAAGUCGACGCCCCUGAACGGCAGCGGCGCCUCGACGCCUGCCAAUGGAACGCCCAAGCUUGGUGCCAAGACCUCUCUGCCUGCACAUCUGGCCAAACUGCAGAACUCUAACGGUACCGACAAGAAGGGAAUACCACAGAUUCAUCGACCGCUUAUGGAUGAUGAUGUGAUUGGAUCUCUGGAUCUUGACAUUGAUGUUGAGAUUGAUUGA